UGUAUUACCAAAGGUGUCAUCAUUGUUAGACUUGAUGUUUCCCAAAAUACCCUUGUUUCUUUGGGUAAUUACCAUGCCUCAAUCCCUUUGAAGGUUGAAGCCAAAACCAAAACUCAUUUUAUUGAUAAUCUUCACCAUCAUCAUCGCCAGUUUUCACCACCAAAAGGGUUUUCUUCUUCCACCGUCAGCAACCAAAAGCAACUUCUCAGCUUAUUGAAACUUGUUCGGCAAACCGACAAAUCACAGGACUUGGAGAAGACAAUCUGCUUUUGAGAACUGCAUUAACGUUCUAAAGUUACAACACACAGGGACUUGUUUGUGAUUAUAUAUGGGCUGAAUGCACAUUUCAUGGGAGGUGCAGAGGAUGACGAACCACCCUCAAAACGCGUGAAAGCAUCUUAUACACAACCAAAAGGUUAUUCAAACGGCUCGUUUCUAAAAGAAUCCGCAACUUGCUCAUCAAUGGCUCGGCCCCUAGCUUCCCAAGGGGACGAUGAAUUAAUCGGUUCACAAGGAAUUAAAAAAGUCGAAUUCGUUAGAGUUAUUGCCGAUGCAUUAUAUUCCCUCGGAUACAGUAAAACCGGGGCUUGUCUCGAAGAAGAAUCCGGAAUAACCUUUCACUCACCAACUGUUACUACUUUCAUCCAACAAAUUCUUAACGGAAAUUGGGAUGGAAGUUUAGCGUCUUUACGUAAAAUCGGCAUAGCGGAUGAAUCUAUAAUCAAGUCAGCGUCUUUUAUAAUAUUGCAACAGAAAUUCUUUGAACUCUUGGAUCGUGAAAAGGUAACGGAAGCGUUAAAAACACUGAGGACUGAGAUAUCGCCUCUUUCGGUUAACAGUAACAGAGUCCGGGAGCUUUCUUUCUUCAUAUUGUUUCCUAAAUCCAGGAUAACUGACGGAGUUUCGGGUCAACGAAUGGUCAAAUCUAAGGCGCGGUCAGAGCUACUUGAGGAAUUGCAAAAAAUGUUUCCUCCGACAGUGAUGAUACCGGAUGGAAGGUUGUUACAGUUAGUAGAACAAGCUCUUGACUUACAACGGGAAGCUUGUUUGUUUCACAAUUCUGAUGCGGGAGAAACAUCGUUGUACGCUAAUCAUCAUUGUGGUAGAGAUCAGAUUCCUUCACAAACAGUUCAGAUCUUGCAAGAGCACCAGGAUGAAGUCUGGUACUUGCAAUUUUCUCAUAACGGGAAAUAUUUAGCAUCGUCUUCAAGCGACAAUUCAGCAGUUAUAUGGGAGGUUAAUUUGGAUGGUAAAGUCUCAUUAAAACAUAGAUUAACGGGCCACCAGAAACCCGUUUCUAGCAUUUCAUGGAGCCCAGAUGAUUCCCAGAUCUUGACAUGUGGCGUAGAGGAAGUUGUUAGGCGUUGGGAUGUAUCCUCCGGUGAAUGCCUUCACGUUUACGAAAAAGGGCUUCUUGGUUUAAUCUCGUGUAGUUGGUCUCCGGAUGGUAAAUGUGUGUUCUCGGGGUUAACUGAUAAAAGCAUCGUAAUAUGGGAUUUGGAUGGAAAGGAGAUAGAGUGUUUGAAGGGUCAAAAAACGGUUAAAAUAUCGGAUUUGCAAAUAACGAGUGACGGGAAAUUGAUAAUUACAAUUUGUAAGGAAACCAUGAUACUGCUAAUUGACAGAGAAUCGAAAAGUGAAAGAUGUAUCGAGGAAGAGCAAAUGAUAGUUUCGUUCACGUUAUCUAGGGACAAUAAGUACUUGUUAGUUAGUCUCGUGAAUGAAGAAUUGCAUCUUUGGAACAUCGAGGGCCGUAUUCGACCAGUUGCAAAGUUCAAGGGUCAUAAACGGUCUCGGUUUAUUGUUAGGGCUUGUUUUGGUGGACUUGAGCAAGCGUUCAUUGCUAGCGGAAGUGAAGAUUCUCAGGUUUAUAUAUGGCAUAGGGGAUCAGGAGAGUUAAUCGAGACGCUGAGAGGCCAUUCUGGUGCGGUUAACUGUAUUAGCUGGAAUCCAGUGAACCCGCAUAUGUUGGCUUCAGCAAGUGAUGAUCGUUCGAUACGAAUAUGGGGAUUGAAACAGUUAAGCUCUAAACAAAACGAUAAAGGAAAAUCGACAGCCAACAAUGGCAUUCACUAUUGCAAUGGAGCAACAAUUUGAACUGCUUUUUAAAGUUUCCACGUAAAUACAUCGACUUGUAAUUUGAAUCUGCAAUGCACACUUCUGUUAUCCUAAUAAACCUUCUUUACUGCUUUAUGUGUGGUUA